AUGUUUCAAACAAACCCCGAUAUUGAAAUAAAACCAGAUGUAGAUAUAAACGAUAUAAAAGUAGAACAAAUAUGCCGGUGUUGUUUAUCGACAAAUCGACAAAUGGUGAAAAUAGACAAUUUAAAGUAUCUGUUUGUGGAGUUGGCGGAUAUUUUCAUUACUGAGAUGGAUGGUCUACCUCAAGACAUAUGCUGUGAAUGUACUGCAUUGCUAAGGAAGUCAGUUCGCUUCAAAAAGCAAGUCUUAAAAGCACAAGCCAUUCUCUACGACUACCAUAAUAGAUGUGCACCAUUUGCCAUUGAUGGUAAAGACCCAGAGCUAUUGAAAUAUUCAAAGAGCAAUUUAACGGAAACCAAAACACUUAUAAUAAACACAUCUAGUGCUAAGAACAAACUAGGAUUUCAUACAGUACUAAAGCAUGAAAAACAAAUUAAAAAAUCCCUCUUGGACGAUGUACAGCUGGAAUUGAGUCAAAACAAUGAUGAUGAUUGGGGCUUGGAUGUCAAAAAUGAAGAUCCAUCAAAUUUUGAUGACCUCUCCAUGCAUGAAGAUUAUGAUGGAAAUAAGGAUACUGAAGAUUCCCUAGACAAAGGAGACGAUAAGGAGGAAAAAACCACUGAGAGAAAAAGAAGGAUUAAGAACAAGAAUGAUGUUAAAGAAGAUAGUUUAGAUGUCAGUCAAAUAAAGAAACGCAAAACAAGAAGCAAAGUGGACAUUGACGAGACCAAAAUACGUAUAGUCAGGUUGGACCCGGCGGAGCAAUUGAAACAAAAAGAGGAGGAAUGCAAGUCAACCCUAAUGUUCCCUUUUAUAUGCCACUUGUGUUUCAAAGGCUUCAUUUACGAGUCUAAACUGCAAAAUCACAUGAAAAAACACAGUCCUUUGCGCGGCUCAUUCAAAUGCGAGAUCUGUUCAAUGUACUUACCAACUAACUACAGCCUAUCCGUACACACUCUUAUACACACAAGACGUUUUGAAUGCAAACAGUGUGGUCGACGGAUGAUAGAUAAGGACUCAAUUAUAAAUCACUACAGAUCUGAGCACGAAGGUAUAACGACUGUCUUCACAUGUCACAUUUGCGGAAAGAUAUUCAGUAACAACAAAACGCUGCGCGGACACAUACGCAACACGCACACGCUGUCGCGUGUAAAAUGCGACGAGUGCGGGAAGACCUUGGUGAACAGUGACGCACUUGCCGAACAUAAGCUGAUCCACGAAGGAAUCAAGAACCACUCGUGUCCCGUGUGUGGGAAGUCGUUCCGCACUCGGCAGCAGGUCCGCUACCAUCAGAGCAAACACAGCGACGCGAAAGACUACUACUGCGUGGAAUGUGACACUAGGUUUAAAACGUCACAAGCGCUUGCGCAACAUUUAAAAAAAUCCGUUAAGCAUAAGGACGAGCAGAGCCUACUAUACCAAUGCAACCGUUGCGGCAAGCGUUUCGAGACCGAAUCAGCGCUCGGACGCCAUCUGUCCGUCCAACACGACGGCGUCCGCCCGUAUCCGUGCCCGUCGUGUCCGGCCGCGCUCGCGACGCGCUCGUCACUGCAAAAGCACAUCAAAGUGGUUCACUCCGGCGUGAAGGUGCUGUCAAAGCACGUGUGCGAUACUUGUGGAAGGGUGUUCAAUGCGAAGAGCACACUGACGAACCACAUGCGCACGCACACGGGCGAGAAGCCGUACCCGUGCGAGCGGUGCGGACGCAAGUUCGCGCAGCGCACAGCUAUGCGCACGCACAUAAAACUUGUUCAUCUCAAGUUACAUCGAGCCGCUAAGUUGAAACCUAAACAACCAGAUAUAGUAAAGUACAAAGAAGAGUCUCCAGUUGUCUUUGAAUGGCCACGGCAAGCCAACUGCGAGUACUUUACUGUCACAGCGGGGCCAUAG